AUGACGAAGCGCCGUGCGAAGAAGAAGAAGGAACCGGUGAUCCGGAAAACAGCGACCAAUACCGAGAUAUUGAAGCCAGUCGUAAAGGUCGUGCAAAAGCCGGUGGUGGUAGAAGAACAGCCCGGACCGUCUCACCGACAUGCGCCCAGGCCGACGACCUCCCAGAGGCAGCCGGAGGGCGCAAAGGAGAAGCCAAAGUCCGGAAGAUCCGGCAAAAGACCGUCGCGAAAGCGCCAGAUUAUCAUCCUGAAGGAGGUCAAGCUCCGCCGUACGCCGAAACGGCCUCCCGUCACUGUCAAGCGCCCGCCGGCCAAGAAACCACCUCGAUUGGCGUGGAGUGACCUGCUUGAGGGUGAUGAUGAAGAAGAGCCAGGCGAUGGUCAACAACCAUCGACAUCACAAGCUGCGCAGGUGUUUUCCGGGAUUCUCUAUCAGGGUGAUACGCCUCCCGAUGAGGAGUUCUUCACCAAUGGUUAUUCUAACGAGGUUUUUGGAUGCGUACGCUGCUAUGACUGCGGUACACACUUCAACCGCAAUGUCAUUCACAUCCAUGCCCCAUCGCCCGAUUCUGGAGACUCCGGGAUGUCGAUAGCCGAACUGUCGGAGAACUACGUCAAGGAGGCGGUGCCGAUGAAAUCGGCGCUGAAGAAGAAGCCCGACAAGGACGCGCCCGAGAAGCCAAAGUGCAAGAAGGCGACCGUCUUCCUGACGCCGCCGCCCGAGCGAGAGGCCGCUGCCCCGGCGCCCAAGAGCAAGAAAAGUUCACCGGCAAAGGAACGGCAUAAGCCUUCUCCACCUUCGACCUCGGCGGCCGACAGGGAGCUGCAGCGAGCCACCUCAAAAAUCGAGCGCGCAAAGGCGAAAUAUCAGAAUUAUUUGGAGGCUAAGGCAUCGGCACCUACUGGCGACAGUCCGGAGCUGCCUACAUCAUCGCCGGUUCCACAGGGGGCAUCUCCAGAGCAGCUGAAACUCACGGAUCACAUCUUCAACCCAAGGGACCCGGAUUUGCCUUCUUUGGAGGAACUGAAUCGACAACGCCUCAGCAACGAAACUAUCAGCGACCGCACCUCGCCCCUAAUCGACCCCGACGAUGCGUCAACCCCGAAAAAUGGAGCCCCGAAAUCCGUGGACUCAACAGCACGAAGGCCCAUCUACGAUGAAAAUAAUGUCGGCAGCACACCAAAUCCAACCGAGAACAACUCCCUGGCUUCUGAUCGAGAUCGCGCAUCUGAUGACGGAAGUGAAGCGUCCAUCAGCCGAUCCCGGACCCGCAACCAAAUCCAACAGCAGCGCGUCGAUCGGGGCAUCAUCGAGCGCGUGCCCGAAAUUCUGGCGAAUUUGGCCCAGCAGCGGGCCACCGAGGAGGACGAUGAGGAAAGAGAACGUCAGCGAGAAGCUCAGACCAAUGAGCCAAUGCCAUUGGCUGCACAGCAAUCCGCAGAACGGGUCAUUGUACACAAGCGGAAACGGGAUCAGUCUAGCGAUGAGGAGGUGAUAGAUGUGACGUCGACAUCGCCUGAGCCCGUCCGGGCUCGCCAAGUCGAGAUGGUGGUCGAGCACGCGCCAAAAAGAAGUCGAAGGCGGGUAGAGAAUUCGGGGCCCUCGCCAGGGCCUUUCCGCACAAAAGCUGAGAUGAAGCAGCUGCCGCCGCCACAGAAGAAAUCCGUCUAUGAUUUGCCGCCGAUUCGUUUUGAUGAGGAUGAUGAUUCGCGCGACAGCAACAGCACAAUGCCCAUGUAUGAGACGCCGUACAUCGAGCUGCAACAACUCGACGAGCAGGCCCCUCCACCUCUCGAGCAGCCCGCCACAAAGAUCGCCUCGGACUCCUCGUCAGGCUUCGCCUCUGGUGGGCUGGUCGAAGAUGACAACGACGAGGCAAUGCCGAUAUUAUUCGCGCAAACGUACGACGACUCUGCGCAAUUGCCGCGUCUUGAACGACCUGAGACUCCACCGACAGUUGGGGAUGCCCUGAACGAGCCGAUGACGUCGACCGCCUUCCAACCCAUCAUCAGGGUCCCGCCACGGCAUUUACACUUGGGGCAAGCGCCGUACAUUGCCGUACCAAAGUUACAACAGAAGCCGGCGGCAGCAACGAGGGUACGAGCGACGAAUCGGCAGCCAGCGAAGCCCAAAGCUGCGCCUCGCACGAUCACCCAACAACUCGCCGCCCAAGCGACCCACCAAAUCCAUCAACCCGUGGCGAUGCACCACGCGGCCCCGGUCAUCCAGAAGCCCAGCCCGAUCCACCCGCACCAGCAACAUCAACUUCAGCAACAGCGGGCUCUUCAGCAGGUGAACAACGGGCAACCCUUCUUCCAAGCGCCCACUGUAUUCCGGACAGCAAAUCGGAUGGCUGCACCAACAACUCAACCCCUCCACAUCCCGAUGAGCCGCCCUCACUCCGUCCUCGCCCAACAGCUCAGCCGUCCCUCCUCCGUCAUGCAGGCUCAAAUGAUGGAACGUCAAAACCCAACGAUGACCACUCAUGCCAUCCCCUCUAAUCGUCCCCCCUCGGUGUUGCCCCAUCAGAUGGUGGAACGCCCCGGAUCGGCGAUGGCUACGCAUCUAAUGACCGUGAACCGACCAUCCGCCGUACUCCCACAUCAACUGCCCGGCCAUCGACCUGGCUCCGUCAUGGGCCAUCCCUAUCAUCAACAUCUACUCCCCGUCAGCCGGCCCACCUCCACCAUGAUGUCCCCACAACAUCAGCAUCAACAGACUGCACAUAAUAUGCAUCAGCGUGCACCCGCCGUAUCCCCUCAAAGUCAUGUGCAGAGGAUACGGGUCAUAGGGAAAGAUGGUCAGGAAUUCCGGCAUGACAUUCCGCCCGCAACGCCGCGACUGCAAAACGUCCACGCUGGCCCGAUGCAAAUGGUACAACAGCCACGACUUCAGCCACCGGUCACCAACAUGAUGCCGAUCAGCCAACCCGUGCCACAACAACAACAGCCACAACAGCAGCACGCCCCGACGGCAAUCCCUGCAAACCAUUAUUUUUAUCUCCCUGACCAAUUCGGCUUCCAGCCGCCAGGAAUGCAUUGGCCGGCAUUCACCCAAGAUUUUGCCGGUCCACAAUCGGGUAUCCUCACGGCACCCACAGCUCGUCUAUUACAGGAACCGGUACCGGUGCGCCAGGAA